CAAACGGAAAAUUGUUCAAAAGGCGUAUGUGCGUGCGGAAUUAUCAUUCGAAAUGGCAAUGAAAUCUACAUGAACAACAUCUGCAAUGGAAUUACUCGCCAGGGCUUCAUUUACAUUGGACAUGGUGAAGAUGGAAUACUUGAUAAAGAAUACAAAUUUGACAAAUAUGCAAUUGUCAAUGAUUACUUCACUUACUGGCCUAACAAGUAUUGGAUACCAGGAAUAACCCCAGAACAGUUCGAAAUCCGUGAAAGCUACGAGAUAAGCUUGCAAAAUGGAGUUCUCAUAAGCAUCACUCGGCAUUUUGAUACAAACUCUUUAGAACUUCUGAUUAAAAGCAAACCCUAUGUUGAGUCCUUUGAUGAACUUGAUGGAAUUGUUUCGUUCGGAUACAAACUAUUCCGACACAGAGGAGGAUCAUCCGCUGCCGAUUAUCGUGGAUAUGUAAACAGUUGGAGAGUACCAACUAAUGAGAGUCUUCGAAACCCAACUAAUCACAUGGUAUUCGGCGUAAGUGAAACUGUGUACCAAUGCCAUUGUCCAAAAGGCAAUGAAUCGGCGUUGGCCGACGAUAUUCGGCCUACUUAUUCGACGAACUACCGCAACGUACCCCACGACAACUACCCAGCCUACGAGACAGAUCACGUUCUUGGAGCUAUUAUGUGUUCUUUGCAAGAGCCUUGCCAAGUUCAAGUGGAAGGCCAGAAAUGGCCUAAUGCGACUUUUGUAACGGCUGUUAUAGUCUCCAACGUUACCAUCACACAUACUAACACGCAUUUGAUGUGUUCAUUUCAUCCGGUUGCAGGAAAGAAACACCGAGUUCAAUGGUGAGUGUGUGUAUGUAAAAAGACAAGUUCAUACAUUGUGUUAAUUGAGCGUUAUAUUGUUUGCGAAUAACGACUAACAUACGUGCAUGUAAUGGAGAGUUUGAUUCUUCCUAUAUUGCAAACGAUUAUCUAGAUGAUAAACUAUAUGAUCCAAGGGUUUUCAGUAAAAAAAAACAGACGUAGUUGAUAUGUGUUUUGGUUGCAUUUUAC